UAAAAACAGUUUUAUACUUUUCGCUCGCAGUUUAAUCCUGACGUAGCUGGUGUUAGCAUCACGGUUGCCAUUUUAAAAGUAACGCGCGGAAAAUUUUAAAACGAACUUUUUAAAAAUUGUUUAGUGAAUUAAAAAUGGCGUUCCUCCAGGGGCCAUCACCUAAACAAGCGGAAAUUAUCAAACAGGAACUAGGGGAAGGAUCUGGUGAUUUAGAGCGAGGAGUCAGAGAUCUUCGGAGUAUGUGCGCAGCUUCACCAUAUUUGCCGCAACCUGAAGUAGUAGAUAAAAAUAUUUUGGAGCUGUUCAUCCGCGGCUGUCGUAUGGACCAGGAACGCGCGCGGACCAAAUUUGAAGCUUUCUGCGUGGCGCGUGCCCGGUGCCGGGAUCUCUACGAACACCGUUCCCUCAGCGAACCUCCUUUGAAUGAUGUAUUACAAUUCUUGGACAUCGCGCCUUUGCCAAAGUUGACGGAUGAAGGUCUGCGGGUGACGAUAUUCCGUGUGCGGGCGAACUAUGCAGAAAGCAGCGCGGACAUCGCCGCGGCCGUGCGUGCCAUACUGCUAGUUAGCGACGCACGUAUGCACGAUGAAACCCUAAUAUCUGGUGAUGUCUUUAUUUGGGAGACGUCGAAUGUCCGCGCGUCGCUCGCGGCUCGCAUGGCCGCCGCUGCGAACUCCGUGCGGCGCGCGAUACACCUCGCACACGCGGCGUAUCCGCAGCGUAUGCGCCGCAUACACGUCGUCGGUGCGCCGCCCCUCAUCGCCUCAUCACUCAAUUUUAUACGCUCGUGUGUCAAUGAGAAGAUCCGAAGAAGGUACUAUCUGCAUCAAAAAGUCGAAGAUCUCCUAGAGCAUUUCCCGUCUCGAGUGUUACCAGCUGAAUGGGGCGGUGAAGAGGAAUCUAUUGAAGUCAUCACUAAAAAGUGGAAACGUCGUGUCGACGAGUUGAGAGACUACUUACGGGAUCUCAGCGAGCUAUCCAACCUCGAAGAAAAACCGCAGUUUGACACCGACAUUUACGGCACCGUUGGCGCCUUCCGGAAGCUGGAUAUAGAUUAAAAAUAAUGCAUAAGUCGUCGGUUAAUGAUAACAUUAGCGCUAUCCUACAUGAGGAUUGGGUUUAAACUUCCAAAUUGAGCAUUUUUCGCUUUUGUGAUAUUUUUAGACACUGCACGCCGGAUAUUCUUCGGCUAUAACGUUUAUUAUAAUUGAUUUUUAAAACUAGUAUAACAAGAAAAUUAGUGAUAUAUUUGAAUCUUAGUUAUGUUUAACUUUAUAUUAAAAUUAUAAUCUGACUAGUUAUCUAAUAUGCUUGGUCUGUUCACCAUAAUAGGGUAAAGUUUUGAUUUAGUUCUGUAAAUAAAUUUUUCGUAAAUAUUCAAUUUUCGUGAUUCAUCUCACAUCUGCUGGAUAUUGUAAUGUUUUCCAUUUUAUCAAUAAUAAAAAAGAAAUAGUUUUCAUACUUUAAAAUUUCAAACUAGUUGAUAAGUAUAGUUAAUAAGUCAUUUAUGAAAUAAAAAAUAUAUACAAAAAAUAAAGUCCUA